AUGGCGGAUGACGAUGAGCGGUCCAUACGGCUGUACGCGCUGGACCUCUCGUCGCGCGCGUCGACUCCCACCUCGUCGCUGACCCUGACGACAGAGUUCGCGGUCAACGCGGGCAGGGCCGGCGCGUCGACGUCGGCGCACGAUUCGAUCCCGCACGACAACCACCUGAAGGGCGCGCGAUGGUCCCCGGACGGCGUCUGCCUCCUCACUUGCGGCGCGGAGGACAACACGUACCGCGUGUACGACAUCCCCGCUAACCUCGACGACGUACCACCCGCGUCCGACGAGCCGAUAGGCCCACACGGCCUCCCCGCGGACCGGCUCUGGCCGGCGUUGAGGAUCAAGGAGAGGGAAUCGGUGUACGAUUACGCUUGGUACCCCGGGAUGACCGCGAACGACCCGGGGACGUGCGUCUUCGCCUCCACGGCCAGGUCGCAGCCCGUGCACCUGUGGGACGCGGUGACGGGGUCAGCGCGGGCGUCCUACGUGGCGCACGAUCACCUCGACGAGCCAAUCGCGGCGCUCUCCGUCGCGUUCGCUUCAGACGGGAGGAGGCUCCUGGCCGGGUACAAGAACGCGAUCCGGGCCUGGGACCUCUCCAGGCCCGGACGGGACUGCGACGUGUACCGGACGCUGGAACCUAAGCGCCGUCAGCGGGGCGGGGGCGCGGGCGGGGGCGAGCGCGUCGGGCAGGCGGGCCUGGUGUCGUGCAUAGCGACGGCGCCGGCGAAAACCAACGGGUUGUUCGCGGCGGGAUCCUACGGCGAACCCGGCGUGGGCGUGUACCACGAGCCCACCGGGGAGCAGGCGCUCGUGCUGAGCGGUGGGCACAGGCGCGGGGGCGUGACGCACCUGGCCUGGUCGCCUUGCGGAAACUACCUGUACACGGGCGCGAGGAGGGACGGCGAGAUUUUGUGCUGGGACGUGAGAAACCCAGACGUCGGAUGCGUCUACCGGAUGAGACGCGCGGCGGAGGGCACGAACCAGCGCGUCGGUUUCGACGUGGAGUGCAGCGGGAGGCACCUGGUGAGCGGCGGGACGGACGGGUGCCUCAGGGCGUACGAUCUCAGGACGGGCGAGGAGGUUGGCGCGUGGCGGGCGAGCGCGGACACGGUGAGCGACUGGGCGUUUCACCCGGGGUCGUCGUUCGCGGCGGGGGACGGGGGGAACGCGCGCGGCUGGACGGCGCCGCGGGGUGCGUCGGCGUCGGGGCACAGGCACUUCAGGUCCCCCGCGGACGGAGUAGACGCGAGCGACGAUGACGGGGAGGGCGGGGACGCCAAGGUGGAGUCGCCGACGAACGCGCUCCAGAUUUGGUCGUUCAGCGUGGCGGAGCAACACCCGCGGACGUACCCCCGAGCGGGAUUAUCCACCACCACCCUGAGCUUGUUCGUGGGCGCGGCCCACCGUUGGAUGUCGCACUCGGGCAUGUCUGCGAGGGUCCUGUCGGCCACGCCGUCCUUGACGCGCUGCGUGGUGGAGGGGUGGAAGACGAUGGUCACCGUGCCCGAGCUCGAGACUUCAAAGGAAAAGUCAGCCAUGACCCUCUUGGGUGCGUCGUUGAUGAACACGUAUCGGAACAUGUCUCGGUCGCCGCUGAGUAUCAGGCUAUUGUCUCCAAGUGUGUACGCCAGCAUCGCCGCGAUGUCGUCGCCGUCCUCGCCGUCAACCUGGUACACGGGCGCGCCAGCUUCCCUGAGGAGCUCUGCGAGGAAUGUGUCGGCGCUCAGGGGAAUACUACGCUUCUCUGUUCGACACUCCUUCUCCCUGCGCUUCGUCCACUUCUGCGAUGCCUCGUCGCUUUUAUACCCGGCGUCGAUGACGAAGUGAGGCGAGAAGCCCGACGCCGCGCAAGCCUUCAAGAAGCCUUCGACCCCCACCUUCAUCGCCGCCAGCAGGCGCCAAGCAGGAGUUGACCCGGGCAUCUUGUCCACGGGCAUGAAGUACUGCGUGAGGAAGUUCAGCGCAUCGACGACGAGCGGCGUAUCGGUCAUGACGUCUCAACGAACGCGCCCCGUUCGUGGCCGAUAUCCCCUC